CUCACGAGUCAGUCGUCGUGAUACCAUUGAAUCCAGAGCAAGGGUCGUAUCGCAAAGCCGCCCCUAAUCACAACAACAACAACUAGCUCACAAAAAAGUACAGAAUAGAUAUUUUCCAAAACAAAAAAAAAGUAUCUAUUGUGUUUCGCUAUCGUUUUUGUUAAUUUAUCUGAAUCGGUUUUUUACGAAGCUUAGACUUGGCUUAACGUCAUUCUGGAUUGCAUUUCCGUUUAACGAUGCAUCAUCACCCCUCUUAGCCGGUUGCUGCUGAUUGACCCUUUUCCGUUCAUGGGUACAUAGGGCCCGGGAUUGUUAUUUUCCUUUUCUUUUUUUCGUUUUUCUGUCCAAUCGCGUUCUGAUUUUCCAUUCGAGGAAUAUUUACAAAUUUUUCUCGAAAUUUUUUGAAAGUAUAGUGAGUUCGUGUGACAGAUGUGCCGUCGUCGAAGAAGACGACAACGACAACGAGAACGACGAAUUUUCGACACCGUGUCGAAGUGAGUGGUUUUGAUAGUGUGAGAGUGAGAGCACUCUGGGAAAAUCCCUGUUAACGAAAAUAUGUAAAUUUAGUGUGUAUUCAAUUUCGAAUGAAAAAGAAAAGAGAAUGAGAAAAUAAGUUCCAAAAAAGAAUACAACCAACCAACCGACAACAGAAAAGCAAAAAAAAAAAAAUCAAAUUCAAACAAAAAAUUUAGUGGAAGUGAAAAAUCAUCUAGUACUGGAAAAAUUCAAUAUCAAAACGCGAAAGUGUAACGAGAAAUAAAAAAAAUAUAAAAAAAUAAGCAAAAAUUGUGUACAACCAAAAAAAAGUGAUGAAAAUUCAAAGAAAAAUUAAGUCCUCAAGGCCAAAUCCGCACAGAAAAGUGUAAUGCAAAUUGUCGAAAUUGUCAGAACAGAAUGUGGAUUAGGAAUUUAGCCGAGGGGUUCCGCAACAAGUCAAGCAUGGAUUACACAAGCUUGGGUUGCUGCGCGUUAGCCUUUGUUUUGUACAUAAACACCCUCAACUUUGGAUUCGUCUAUGAUGACAGACGUGCCAUCUUGGGAAACACAGAUGUGGCCGGCACCACCCCUUGGCAGCAGGCCUUCCUCCACGACUAUUGGGGUACACCACUCACCGAUACAGGCUCCCACGGCUCCUACCGGCCAUUGUGUGUGUUAAGCUUUAAGUUGAACUACAUCCUGGGCGGCUACACCCCAUGGGGCUACCAUCUAAUUAACAACUUAAUGCAUUGUCUGGCCACCGGGCUGGUGGUGAAACUGGCCCGAAACUUCCUCUCCUCGAUGUGGGGCAUCGUGGCGACGGGCGCACUAUUUGCAGCACACCCCGUCCACACGGAGGCAGUGGCCGGCAUUGUUGGUCGGGCCGAUCUGGCCGCAUGCAUAUUAUACCUGCUAACUUAUUUAACAUACAUUCGGCAUAUUGUGUGGCGCGAGAGAAACGACAGCCGCCAGUGGCUGGCCAUCGUCCUCACCGUAGUUUUGUCGUUGUGUGCUUUGCUGUUCAAGGAAACUGCCAUAACAGCGCUCCUUGUUUGCGGUAUAUUCGAUGUCAUCAGGGGAUUAUGCGGAUUCGGCGAUAAGAAUCGCUGUCGUUCGCUGGGUAUCCUGGCAGUUGCCUUGGUUUGCACGGUUUAUGUGCGUCUACAGGUGCUGCCUCGACCGCAGAGUCAUUUUUCAACGGCAGACAAUCCCAUAGCGAAAUCAAAUUCGGUGUGGACACGUUUCCUGACGUUCCUCUAUCUGCCCGUUUUCAACUUCAAGCUCCUGGUGAACCCCACAGUGCUUAGUUUCGAUUGGGGCAUGGAUGCAGUGCCACGAAUAACAUCGCUUUGGGACAGACGCAACGUGUUGAGUGCGGGAUUUUACACCAUUCUUGUGUUGGUCCUGUGGCUAAGCACAAAGAGGCUGGCUGAGAGGCAGAUAUCCGCUGGAUCGCAUCGCUACAAGAGACCGCUUCUGCACCAACAGCACCAAUACCAUCACCACAGGAAAUCAAGGACGAAGAAAAAAUACACGAUAAUAAAUCAAAACCCCAUCGAUGGGCUGCUACCCGAGUAUACGCCCUGUGUGGAGGUUUCAUCGGCAUCGGCGAUGGUACUCAAGAAGGACUGCAUUUGUAGGGUGUGCAAACAAGAGCUCACAGCGCGCCACACUAGUUCGUGCAGAGCCAUGAACAACAACAACUCGGUGCUAGCGACGGGCGUCUUUAACGAAUGUGCUUGUCCCCAACUCCUGCUGGACAGAAUGGAUAUGGUCCAACAGCAACAACAUUCUAAAACGGACGUAGACGGCACACAAAACAACUGCCGCAUAACACCGCGCAGCAGUCGAAGCAGCAGCAGUUGCAGCAAUAGCACUACGGCCAGCAGCAAGAGCUCGAGUAGUGGAGCGAGCAGCAGCAGCUGCACUGUGACCUGUAGCUUCAGUGUAAAUAGUAAUUGUCAGAGCCUUGUUAUUAGCAGCAAUCCUGGAACAUACAACGCGGUUGUGCUGCUGAUGGUGAUGGCUUUCAUCACGCUUCCAUUUCUACCUGCAACGAAUUUAUUUUUUUACGUCGGCUUUGUGGUGGCCGAACGGCUGUUAUAUCUGCCUAGUGUCGGCUAUUGCCUGUUAGUGGGCUUUGGCAUUGGUAAGCUUAUGGAGCCGCUUAGGCACCAGCGGAAUAAAAGGAUAGCUGUGCUCCUGUGUUUGAGUUUGACAUUGAGUGUGCUCAGUGUGCGAACGGUGAGACGCAACUUGGAUUGGAGAGACGAGGAGAGCCUGUACAGGAGUGCAAUUGGUGUUAAUCCACCAAAAGCACUCGGAAAUUUGGGAAGUGUCCUUAGCUCGCAGGCGCGGUAUGCCGAAGCGAAAGAAGUACUCCUGGAAGCGAUCAAGCAUAGGCCAAACAUGGCCGACGUUCACUUUAAUCUAGGAAUUCUUCAUCAAAAUCAGCAGAACUUUAAAAAUGCAGUGGAGAAUUUCCAGCGAGCUAUACAAUUUCGCCCCAAUCUGGCAGUUGCUUAUCUGAAUCUGGGAACAUCACUGAUAGCCAUGGGCAAGUGCCAUGAAGCAGUUAAAGUGUUGCAAGAGGGAACAAAAACUGAUGGUACCGGGGUCAGAGACCGAGCUGCUCACGAAAAUGCACGCAUGUCGGCAUACCUGCAGCUAGGUAACUUGUAUGCCGAACAGGGAAAGUUGCAACGUGCUUUAGCUGUUUACAGGGAAGCGAUGCAUUCACUUCCGGCGUAUUUUCAGCGAGAAGUGCUUUAUCAUAGAAUAGGUGAUGUGCUUGGUCGUUUGCAGCAAUGGGAUGAGGCAGAGAAAUAUCAUAGAGCUGCAUUGAGAAUUCAACCGGAUCACGUAGCCGCACAUUUGUCAUAUGGAAAUAUGCUAGCAAGAAAUAGUAGCAGGGCAUCAGAAGCAGAACUGUGGUUUAAAAGAGCAUUGCAACUAGCUCCCGAUCAAUCUGGAGUCUAUCACCAUUAUGCGGAAUUCCUGACAGGACUUUCACGAGGAGAAGAAGCUUUAUACUAUCGACUGAGGGCAGCUGAACUGUCACCUGAUGACUAUUCUUUAGUAGUGGCAGUUGCAACAGCUCUAAGACUCUUAGAUAGAAAAAUUGAAGCAGAAGCGUGGUAUCGAAAAGCAGUAAUGCUACGACCAGAUGACGCGCGAGCGCACACAAAUUUAGGAGCCAUAUUGCACUUGUUAGGACGCACAAAUAACGCUGCGGCUAGUUAUAAAGAAGCCUUAAGACUGCAACCGGGUGAUCCAACUACAUUGGGAAAUCUAGCCAAACUUGGCAUAACCGAAGUGAAAUAAUAUCCACUCUACUCAAAACAAAUCAUUUAAACAAUACAAAAAAAAAAAAAUAA